GAGCGGAGCGGGGCCCGGAACCGUGUGGGGGGUAGCGGGGAGGAAAGGUAGGGCCGGGACGGGGGGAAAUAAACGGCCUCCGGCCCCCUUGCGAGCCGUGCCCGAAGCGUCGUUUAUUAUCCGCGUGUGUGUAAAUAUUUCCAGAAGGUUCUGGCUUAGUUUGAUGGUUCCCUCCAGGAAGUUGACUCUUUCCCCGCAGCUUACGGCACCGAGCGAGGAACGAUGGAGGCUAGGGAGCACCGGGAGUGUGCAGCGGUAGCCGGCGGCUCUCCCCCUCGGACCGCCGCCAACCACAGCGACAGCGGCAGGGAGGAUGGUGACUUCAAACAGGAAAGCAUUGUUGGAGGUAAUGAAGUGAAGAGUACAGCAGUGGUAAAGUAUUCGGCCGUCCCACCUCCUGCUGCUUAUGCACGACUUCAAGAAAAAACUGACCUGAAAUUGCCACCUGCAAAUUGGUUGCGUGGAAUUAGUCAGCUUGGACAAAUGGGUGCAACCUCUCUUGGUACCAGCAAAAAGAGCAAGCCAUUUUCCAGCUUUGGAAUGGCAUAUGACUUCAUUGACUGCGUUGGCAAUGAUGUUGAUGUUGUGUCAGAUUCAGAGAACAUUAAAAAGUUGCUGAAGAUUCCAUACAGCAAAUCACAUGUCAGCAUGGGUGUUCAUCGCAUUGGAAGGACUCUCCUGCUUGAUGAAUUGGAUAUUCAGGAGCUUUUUGUGACGUCAUCUCAGACAGGGGAUUGGAAUUGGUUAAAAGAAUUAUACCAAAGGUUAGUGGAUCCAAAAUGGCAGAGGAAAAAAAAGAGCAGAGAGCAUUUUUACCAGAAAGCAAUUCUGUCCAAAUUUCUCUACCAUAGCAUCAAUGGAGAUUGUCCAGCAGAAGCUGUUUCAACUCCAAUGGCACAACCGACAGAUGCGCAAUCUCAGGAAAACCAAGUAGAAGUAGAGAACUCCUCGUGGCCUGCACCUUUGAGAGCCCCUGCUUCUGUCCCUGGAGAUGGAAAUCCUCAAAAUCCUCAAGAACAGGGACUAAAAAAUGACUUCGUUAGGAAUAUUUUGUGGACGUUUGAAGAUAUCCACAUGCUCGUGGGUUCAAAUAUGCCAAUCUUCGGUGGUGGAAAAUAUCCAGCUGUCAGUUUAAGGCUCAGAGAUAGCAACAAACCAAUUAAUAUAUUGACGGGGAUUGACUAUUGGUUGGAUAAUCUAAUGUGCAAUGUUCCAGAGCUUGUCAUGUGCUUUCAUGUUAAUGGGAUUGUACAGCGAUAUGAAAUGAUUAAGACAGAAGACAUUCCCAAUUUGGAUAAUUCUAGCUUUUCCACAAAAGUGGUUAAGGAUAUCGCUCAGAAUAUCCUAUCUUUUCUAAAGGCAAAUUGUACUAAAGAAGGGCAUACAUAUUGGCUUUUUAAAGCAAGUGGAAGUGAUAUUGUAAAACUCUAUGAUCUGACAACACUUUGUGAAGAAACAACUGAAGACAAAUAUCAAAAUCCUUUCACAAUGCCUGUGGCAGUUUUGCUAUACAAGGUUGCUAGCAACAUGAUGAUGAAGAAAGUUCAGAACAGAAAACAUUACGGGAUCAUAAGGAUGCUCUUGUUAAACUGCAUUAAAUUACUGGACAAAGAAAAGCAUCCCCAGUUUGUGCAGAUUAUUGCUUCAGCCAAUUAUAUGAUCUCAGAACUUUUUCAACUGAAUGAGCCACCAAAACAAGAUGAAAAUGGAUCAACCCUGAAUGAAAAUUCUGAUGAUAGUUAUAGUGAAGAUGAGGAUCUUCCAGAGGACAGUGAUGAAAAUGGUUCACUCAGCAAUGGCUCUGAUCCUUCAGAUGAUAGCAAAGCUGUUGCUGUCAUUAGAUCUGUUGGCGAGUUGUCUGUUCCUGAAAAGUACAAAUCGACACACCAGAUAAGGUCCAGCUAUGCCUUUCCGGUUUGCCAUGACAUGGAGGAGCGAUGUAGAGUUGUUCUCAAUUAUGUUCUUGAGGGACUGAAAGCUGUUGAUGGGAGUAUUAAAAAGGAGAGCGAUCUCCCAGCUGCUGAUCCAAGUAUUCCAAUCCCUCUGAAGUAUGCAGAUGAAUCAGAAUGCACAGGUCACAAAGCUCUUCAAAAACAAAUUGCUCUGUUUCUAGAUAAAGUGGGUCCGGUUCAUGAUACAGUUAAGCUUCCUAGUCAGUCUGGAAUGAUACCAAACACGUGGCAGUAUCAAAUGAAAUUAAAUCUCAUCUUCAAAGCUUCAAGAGCUUAUUUUGUUCUAUCAGAUGCAGCUACUGCUCUGCAAAAGUAUGGUAGAGCUUUAAGAUACAUUAAACUUGCUUUACAGUCACUUGAUGCGUACUGCUGCCUUAUUAGUAACUUGUCACCUGAGGUCUUAUUCUUUCUCAGUCAGUGCUUGACACUUAAUGGUGACAUUCAAUUAAUGUUAGCGCAAAAUGCAAGUAAUAGAGCAGCAUAUCAGGAGGAAUAUAACUACCAAUCCAAAGAGGACCAGGAAAUUUUGCAUAGUCUCCACAGAGAGUCUAGUUGCCAAGCUUUCAGCUGGGCUACAGAGCUUUAUAUGGAUCUGGAAUACCAACUUUCAGUUAGCUGCAAAUGCUAUGAAUCAGCAAAUGAGCUACUCCGUUCCUGUGAUCAGAAAGUUCAUGUUGUGGAGCAACAUAUGCAAGUGUUAAAAAGAUUAGGCAAUAGCAGAAAUGAAAUCGGAGUUUACUACAUGAAUCAGGCUGCUGCUAUUCAAACUGAAGGAACAGCAAGCAAAAGCAUCACAGCAUUAGAACAAGAGCUUUGGAAGAAAAGCUUUUCCUAUUUUGAAAAUGGAAUUCAAGAUUUUGAGACCAUAGAGGAUGCAACCAAUACCGCUUUAUUGCUCUGCAAUACUGGAAGAUUGAUGCGACUUUGUGCACAGGCACAUGCAAGUACUGGAAGCAAUUUGAAACGAGGAGAAUUUUCACCUGAGGAAGCCUUGUAUUAUAACAAAGCUGUGGAUUAUUAUCUAAGAGCAAUGCGAUCACUCACUAGGUGGGAGAACCAUCCAGCUGUUUGGGAUUCUGUGAAAUGGGAGCUGUCAACAACUUAUUUUACAAUGGCAACACUAGAACAAGAUUAUGCUCCAUUGUCAAGAAAAGCUCAGGAACAGAUUGAAAGAGAAGUUGCUGAUUUCAUGAUGAAGUCUCUUAAGUACUGUGAUAUACAUACAGAAUCUGUAAGACAACCUUUAUGUCAAUAUCGGGCUGCAACUAUUCAUCAUAGACUUGCUUCCAUGUACCAUAAUUCCCUCAGAAACCAGGUUGGCGAUGAUCAUUUCCGUAAGCAGUACCGCAGUUUGGCUGAGCUCCAUUACAACAAGGCUGUAAAAUUGUUUCAUUUGCUGAAAGAUGCACCUUGUGAGCUUCUGCGAGUUCAGUUGGAACGGGUUGCAUUUUCAGAGUUUCAAAUGGCAAAUCAGAAUAGCAAUACAUCAAAGUUAAAGACACUCUCAGGAGCAUUGGAUGUAAUUGUUAAUUCAGAAUAUCCAUUUCAACUGAUCCAAAGUGAACUUUCGUGUGCUCAAGAACGGAAACAUGGUGGCCAUGAACAUCAGGAGGGAAAUGCGUCUGAAAGCAAUUCUUCCAGCCUUAAUGAAGAAGAGGUUUUGAAACUUGUCAACAUGUUUGAAACUCGCCUCUCCUUUCUUUUGUUUCAACUUAUCAAAUUGUUAACUUCAAAAAGAAAGAGCAGUGGAAUUAUGGAUGAUGAAAUAACUUUGAAAGACUACAAGCAUGCCUAUUCUACAUUACUGCGGGCAACAGCAGAUAAGGACAGUACCUUACUACAAAGAGUGGAAAUGAUGCUGAGUUUAUUAAAACAAUUAUCGUCUAGUUAAUGGCGGCAAGAUUUUUUCUGACUUUCUGAUAUUUUGUUCAUCUUUGUUGACAUUAGAAUGAUGCUCAAGACUAUAUUUGAACAGUCAGUAAUGUAACCUUUCAAAGAUGAUGCAGCAACUUUUCAAGGGCUUCUUUGAUCUAUGGAGAUAUAAUCAUAUGGCAUUAUCAGUCUGGAUACUACUAGCAACAAGUAUGUAUCACCAAUUUAAAGUUAAUUACUUGAAGCAAUACUGUAAUCUACCAUUUGCUGCUGUAGUGAAAUUAUCAUUGGGAAUCUGGGAACUUAGUCUGCAUGAGAAAUCUAGUUUCAAGCAAAUUGGUAGUUAUGGUGCUACAGUCAGCCAUUCCAUUCCUGAAUUAAGGAGUGAGGUGAAUGAUUAAUAUUCCCCUCUAUUGAUGAUUUUUUCAUGUCAGCUGAGUGUAGGAUUAGAUCUGACAAUGGUAUCUUUUUCAAUAGUUUCUUGAAAUCUACUACCUCAAACUUUCCAUAUGAAUAAGGUAUUUGGUGAGAAAUUGAGAUCAGUAUCCCAGCACGAGACACAAAAAAGGAGGAAAAUGGUAACAAUAGCUAAUUCCAAGCUUAAUUAUGUUUUUCUAAUUGUAAUUAUAUCCAGCAAGGAUACAAAUAUAUUUCAAAAUAUAUCAGUGACUUGCUGUCUGAAAUGUUAAUCUUAUUAUUACAGGCACAUGAACGGCUCUAGCUAAAUUGUGUAGAACAAAAAAGGUGCCGUAAUAAAACUCUGCCCACUAAAUCACUUUGCAAGACCACCUUCAGUGUCAUAAACUAGUAUUUGGAAUAUUUUGUAAAUUACAUAAUUAUAAUAUGUGAAUGUUAAACUGCUUUUAAACCAUGAGUGAAUGCUAUGUUGGAAAAGUAAGCAAAAUGUUAUGGUUUCAGUUCAAAAUGAAGGGACCUGUGGUGACUUAUCAGGCUCUUUAGUAUGAAGAUCUUUUUUUUCUUAGAAUUUGUGUUUCAGGAAGCAGGAUUUAUUCCCUAGCCAUGUUUAAUUUUGAGAGGGUUUUCUAUAAUCUGCAGUUUGUGCUCCACUAUUACAUUAGCUAGGACUCUGAACCAGCAGCAAGGGAAUAGUAAUAUACUGUAUGUAUAGGCUAAUAAGUUGGCAGGAUUGAUUUCCAAGCAAUUCUUAAGUAAAAUAAUGAAUUUUACAAAUUAUGAAGGAACAUUUAGAUUUUCUGUAAACCAUUUGAUGCAUAUUGUGUGACCAGAGGUAGAGUGGUAUAUUUUAAGCUACAGAUGAUACACUCCAUUCAGAAAAGAUUUUUUAAAUUGCAUAGCUUACAAGUUGGGACUGAUAUUAAGAGUUCCAAAGGCAUAACUGUAAAACUCUUUGAAGUAUUCUACCAUCAUGAAAAAUGCUAUAUAGAAGUUAUAUUUUGUAUGUUGCAUAUUGUGUUCAACAUGUUAAAUAUCUGCAGUUUCAUAAUUGUUUUAAUAAAGAGUAUUCAAUAGUGUGAUCUUGAGAUUUAAAGGUUUAUAUUGUGCAUCUUGUAUAAUAAUGGAACUUUGCUAACAAGUUGUAAAGUUUGUAAUUAACUGUAGAUAAUUUAAAACGAUGUGCAAUGAUCACCAAUGGGCAAAUUUGAAUGCAAAAAUUGUAAAUCAGGGCUCAAUAUUUAUAUUGUAACUUUAAUGUACAAUUUGAAUGCAUAACAAGCAUGUAUUUGUAAUUUGGAAUGACUAACUAUCUUCUAAUUAGUAUGUCUAUGAAAAUUAUGAUAUAUUAUCCUGUUAUGUUAUUCAUAGUUUUAUUUCCUUGUCCUUAUGAGCUAUUGUUUUUUUUGUUGUUUGGAUGAGUGAAUUUUAUUUAAGGAAAAGUCUGAAUUCAUCAAGAGAUUUCAGGUGAUUUGUAAAAACUUAUGUAGAUGGAACUCAGAGGGAACAUUACAGAACUAAUUUUGAGUGGAAAAACCUGCUUGUGUAUAGUUUAUUGUAAUUCUUUUUCAUGAUUGUAAACUUUUAUAAUUAGGAGUCUGGUUGUCAUCAAACCUGGAUGACAUUGUGGCAUUUAAAUAUUCAAAUAUAUUUGGGGGGAGGAGUUCGCCCUGCUGCCAAUAGCUAGAUAUAUAAUACCAUGUCACAUUUUAAAAUAAAAUAUAUUUA